GCAUGAGCAAUCCUUGUCAACAAGGAGCUUUAUUCUGUCGACCAUUAUACAGUCAAGACGAUUAUGAAUGUGUUUGCAAACCAGGUUUUACUGGCCGGUAUUGUGAAGCGGAUAUCAACGAGUGCUCCAGUAAUCCCUGUUCUAACGGAGGUACUUGCACUGAUCAGAUUAAUGGAUACGUCUGUACAUGUCCCGUUUGGACAAAAGGAGUGGGCUGUGAGACUGUACGGGUCUUGGAUAUUCACGUUCGAAGCGAGGGUUGUGAGGAUUCAGGAAGAGCAGACCCCUGCGGCCAAGCUUACAUCAGGGUGGAUGGAACAGAUCACUCCCCUCACAGCCGAGGAUAUAACGUUGUCGUUGUGGACGGAGAAACAGGCGCAGUGAUUAGUGCAGGAGGAUUUGACACCCAUGACGAUAGCUCGGCGGGUAAUCGACUCAGAGAUUACCUUAAUGGUCUUCAAGGCCAUAAAAUCGUGUUAGUCGCUGUUCAAGAUGAAGCCUCAAAACACAUGUCACCAGCGAUUGAUGCUAUCAGGAGAUUGGGCGCUACUGAUCCUGUACAGCCGGAUGAAAGGGGAUCUUUUUCUCUCGCUGGAUACGCAGGAGUAAACAAACCCCAAUGGAUUACUCAGAGACGGGCGAACAGAGGACAGGGACCGAGUGAGAUUUUUUCGAAAAUUUCGUUAUCGGCAGGAAACUGAACUGAAACGGCGGCCAUCCUUCAAACAGUUCCCAACUACGUCAACUAAAAGGCAAUUGUCUACACGCUCAUUGUGGUUGAAAGUUAUCAUUGUAUGGCGUCAACUGGGUAAGAACGAGUGACGAGGCAUGGAGGAAUAGAGUUACCGGAGACCAAUCGCAGUAUUUGAACUUUAUAUAAUACGCUCGCUAAAAAACGUCGUCUAUGGAUUUAAUUGACGAAGAUCCCGAACGCUACAUAGAGCUCGAAAUUUUCGCUUUGUUAGGUAAAAUUAAUGUAACAAACGCAACCUAUUUGUGCAAGGAAACAUAAAAGAUAUGAUACAAGAAAACCCCUUUCGCAGAAACAAACAAUGACCCUUUAUGCAAAAAAAAGAAAACAAAAAAACAAAGAAAACAAAAAAAAACUGGGAGGGACCGAGAUGAAAGCAUACAUUGAGACUGUUCAAAGACUGCAUAUUGCCAAGUACACAGGAACGUAUUCUGUACUAGAGAUCAAAGGAGCCUGUGGACUCGAAUUCCGCCGUCUUCUCAGAUCCGGUCUUCGAUCUUACCGAGUACAAGGAAAUUCGUUCGGAAGAGAUUGGAGCAAAAGGGGGGGAAGGGUAAGGAAGGAAGUACUGAGCGCGGGCUCGUUUUCCGAGCAUCUGUUAGUAAUCAAGCCCAAAGAAAUUGUAACUCGCAAAAAAUCAACGAAACUAUUCACACAAAGUGUUGAAUAGGGAUAAUUUAUUUUAAAUUCAGAGAUGUGAGUAGAAGGUCAUCCAACUGACUGCAUACAGCAAUUAAUAAUUUACGAGACUUCAAACAGUCUCUAAAAUAUUGAAAAUAUUACAAUUAUAACAAUCAUUAAACAGUUUCCUGACAAAUUGUACAAUUUACCCUUAGUUGGAGUAAACGGACUCAAACAAACGUAUUUACAUCCCUGUAUUACGGGGCCUUUGUAAGUAAAAAACAACUUGCAACAAUUAUUUACAAUUCUUAUGUACUUAUAUGAUACCUAAAAUUCAUGUUCAUUCACGACUUGUAUUCACUCACAUUCCAUACGUUCACCACACUGAGUUCUUAAGCUGGCCACUUAAACCCUUUCACUCCCACGAAUUACCAGGAUUUCAAUCAUCCCCACACUAUUAACACACUAUCAAGCAGACUAGUGAUGAAAAUAAACCGAAGGGUUUAUGCGGAAAUAUAACUAGACACUUAAUUUUCAGAAGUACCAUAAGAGGCCAAAGUCUUCGCACGCUCUACUACAUUUGGAUUAUUUGUCCGAUAUUUCUCAUGUCUCUCCCCUCCCCCCUCUACAAUUUCAAUGUUGCUUGGUGCUAAAAAGAAACGUUUUUGACAUAAAUUAAAAUUUUCUUUUUGUGAAGGGUUAAAAAACAGGUGUCUGUUGCCUUGGUUGGAUGCUCAGAGACCUAGACAAUACACUAACAAUUCUCUUUGUUUUCUUAAACUUAACGGUUUGAGCAAAUCAAGAACUCUUUCCCCUCGAACGCUUUGCAAAUUGCUGUUACGAUCUGUUACUGGGUUAGAAAUCGCACCUCCUCUGCCGUAAUAUUUUGACAAAGGAGAAGUUUAAGACAUAAAUCAAGACUAAAGCCUGAUAAGGCCCUUGGACUUGUUCACUUCAAAACUACGUAAAUGUUAAUUACCAAUUUGUUGCGCUCAAACUUAUACCAAACUAAAAACUAAUAUAAAACUUCAUAAAUGAUAAAAUUGUGAGCAUGCAAAGAGAGAGGCAAGAAAUAUAUGUCAAAGGCUUAAUUUUGAUAUACCUGACUACCCAGUUACUUAAGUGUUGCCUAUAUCAUAAUUUGGGGAGAUGGUUGAAGUACAACAGUAUACCAGAGCAGGCUGUUUAAAGGAGCUUCCACCUUGAUUUGUGAGUAACACUCUCUAUUUCAGUACCUUUUCGAUGUCAAACUAAAAUUUUGAAGUUCUCCUCCAAUUAAACGGUUUCCUUAUGGAAAGCAAACUAAAGUGUUUCGACAUUGUUUUUCACAAACGCAAGGCACCUGGAGGUUUCUGUGUAUCCUUAUUAAAACUGGUGCCAUGCUUAGCGCACAAUAACAAGUUAAGAAAUUGAAAAAAAAAAAAAAAAA